AUGGCAGAAACAAAUUUCAGCAUGGUGGUGGAAUUCCUUCUCUUAGGAUUUUCUGACUUUCCCAACCUCCGAGGGCUUCUCUUUGGAAUUUUCUUAAUUAUCUACACAACUAUCCUCUUAGGAAAUAGCCUCAUCAUUGUCAUUACCAAAGUCACUGCUGCUCUCCAGACCCCCAUGUAUUUUUUCCUUGGAAAUUUUUCUUUCUUAGAAAUCUGCUACACAUCAGUGACUCUCCCCAGAAUGCUAUCAGACUUUUGGAUCCAAAAGAAAAAUAUUUCUUUUCUAGCAUGUGCUGUCCAACUUGGUUUGCUCCUUAGUCUAGGAGGCAGUGAAAGCUUCUUCCUGCUUGUGAUGUCCUAUGAUCGUUAUGUGGCUAUCUGUAAGCCACUUUACUAUCCUCUCAUCAUGAACCACAAAAAGUGUCUUCAACUAGUUACUGGUGCUUGGAUAAUUGGAAUUCCACUUCAGAUAGCACAAACAUGGCAGGUAUUCUCUUUGUCUUUCUGUGGGUCUAAUGAACUCAAUCAUGUUUUCUGUGAUAUUCCCCCAUUACUGAACCUGGCCUGUGGGGAUACAUCUUUGAAUGAGCUAUGUGUGUAUGCUGGUGCUACACUCUUUCUUACUAUUCCUUCAAUGUUGAUAUUCUGGUCCUACCUCAAAAUCAUCAAGACCAUCCUGAAGCUACCAUCUGCCAUGGGAAGACGCAAAGCCUUCUCCACUUGUUCCUCCCAUCUGAUAGUUGUGGGAUUAUUUUAUGGGUCUUGUUUUAUUUCAUACUUGAGACCCAAGUCAAGUCACUCACCAGGAGUAGACAGAGUACUUGCUCUUUUCUACACCAUUGUGACCCCACUCUUUAAUCCUUUAAUAUACAGCCUGAGAAACAAAGAUGUCAUUGUAGCAAUAAAACAACUAGUAUCCAGGUAACUG